AUGCCGUACGAUGAGGGAUCGUACGGUGGGGCGGAAGUCGGGCGACACAGGGCAGUUGACACGAACGUGUCGUACAUUGCAGCGUCGUACGCGAAGUGGGUGGAGAGUGCGGGCGCGCGACCCGUUCCGCUGCUGUACGACGAACCGGUGGAGGUCCUUCGCCAGAAAUUCGAUAUGAUCAACGGUCUGCUGAUUCCCGGUGGCGGAACCGACCUGGUGCCGGGGCCCUUCAUGUCGACAGUGCAGUUGCUUCUGGAGUGGGCCAAGGAGGCGAACGAUCGAGGCGACUUCUUCCCCGUGCAAGCCACGUGCAUGGGAUUCGAAGCCAUGGCGACUGUUAUUAGCGAGGACCCAGACCUCCUGGAACUGAGGCGCUUCAGCGCGUUGGAUUUGGCCUCUCCGCUCAAAUUUGUGGGCAACUGGGUGCACCGCAGAAGCUACUUCUCCUGGAUGUCUCCGGAUUUGGCUGAAAAGGUGCAACAGCUCCCUCUCACCAUGGAGAACCACCAGGAUGGCACCACGGUGCAUCGCUUCCUUUCCAGCAGCAAGCUAAGGGAUUUCUUCUUUAUUCUCACCACCUCGUUUGAUAAAAACGGACUGGAGUAUGUGACAACAGUGCAGGGAAAGCGGUACCCCUUUUAUGGCACGCAGUGGCAUCCAGAGAAGAACGCGUAUGAGUGGGGGCUGGACCACAUACCCCACGGAGCACACGCCAUUGCUGUGGGCCAGGCAGCAGCCAACUUCUUUGUCAAUGAGGCUCGUCGCAACACCCACCGCCCUGCCUCAGACGAGAGCAUGAACGACAUGCUUCUCUACAACCAGGCUCCUCCCAUUUCUCCCCAUCCCUCCCAUUCCCCCCCAUUCCUCCCCUUUCCCCUCAUCGCAGUGAGGCUCGUCGCAAUACCCACCGUCCAACCUCGGACGAGAGCAUGA